AUGGCCUCAGAGGGCAUACAAUUCGAAUUGCAAUCUCUACAACAUGGUCAGAGAUUAACUUCAAGUGGAAGUAACAGCACAUCAGAUUCUUCUGAUGACAGUGACGAUGAUUAUGAAGAAAAGAACGCAGGGGAUAUUCAAGACCAUCUAUCCGUGCAUGACAUUGUUGCAAAUUGCAGCACAUUUGCGGGAAUGGAAAUAACUGGCUGCUUUGAAGGAGAUAAAAUUAAAGAAGGACAACGAGUAGUUAGAGGGAUCGAUUGGGAUAAAAGUAAGGAUGACGACGGAGGGAUCGGUAAUGUGGGAACUGUGGUGGAAAUCUUAAACAACUCCAAAGAAGUACGAGUCCUGUGGGACUCGCAGGAGGAUGCCAAACAGUACAGAACAGGACUCGACAGGAAAUACGAUCUUCGACUUUUCGAUAAUGCGCAGACAGGUGCAUAUCACAAAUACUACGCCUGUGAUUAUUGUGCUGAAAGCCCAAUUAAGGGAAUGAGAUGGCGAUGCUUGUAUUGCGAAGACUUUGACUUGUGUACAAUGUGUUACAUGGACGAUGAACAUGAAUUAGAUCAUGCAUUUGAAAGACAUGAAGGAAUGAAAUCAAAGAGUGUCACUAUGGGAACGCGGGUCGAUCUAGAUUACGAGGAAGCGAAAGGAAUUUUUGAAGAUGCAGAUGUGGUACGGAGAAAAGAUCCAAAAAUCAAAGGGAGUGUGUCUGAAAUGGCCGAUCAUAUUGCCAUGAUGUAUAACUGUGAUGCAAAAGUUGUCUGGCAAGGAGAGAGCUUAACCAAAAGGUACAGGGUCGGGAGAGAAGGGAAAGUCGACCUGAAAUUUGUAGUGCCGGCUGAAAUGCCAUACAUUGAAGAUCAUCUGCCGAAAAUAAGUGAAGAUAAUGCCUGUGUUGGAUUACGAGUCGUUAAAAAGUCAGACAACGGACACUCGAUCGUUGGUACAAUCACUUUGGUGAAGAAGGAUACAGGCGCUGGAAAACAUGAACGAAAAAAAGGACGGCGACGCCAAAUUAACCGACAAUCACGUAUUUUAUCGCAAUAUAUGUCAACAGAAGACCGCCCAAAAGUACAGUCAUCUGCCGAGGCGGAAUAUUUUUCCAUCACUGUACAGUGGGAUGAUGGGGAAACUGAAGACCUUGAAGCUAGUGUAGGAGAUAUAUUACUGUUUGAUAACAGCCAAAAAGGAAUUAUACAGGGCGCACUUUGCGACUAUUGUGGAGGCUGUAAGAGAAUAAAGGGCAUCAGAUGGAAAUGUUCUGUAUGCCCCGACUAUGACCUUUGCACGUCAUGUUAUAUGUCAGGCAACGAUGAGCAUACUGACCACCGAUUUUUACGAAUCACGGAACCAACAAAAAGAACACUUUUAGAUACAUCAAGGAAUUCGAGAGAUUUAAGAAGACAGAAGGCUCUAGGCAUAUUUAAGGGCGCAGAAGUUCAGCUACUUAAUGAUGAAAGAGGGCUUGUGGGGACAAUAGAAGGCAUAUGCCAUUACAGAAUAAACAACUAUAAAUGUAUCGUUGUUCUUGAAACAGAAAAUGAUAUGGAAAUCCGUGGUCAGAUUACCGAUUUUCGAUGCGAUAAGGAUGAGGAAGCGUACUUUUAUUAUCCUACACAUCUUCCCGAUUAUGGAAAAGAUAUUAAAGGAUAUGUGACAGUAACAGAUAAAGACACGAAGGCUGAAAUUGAUGUUGAACUUUGGUAUCAGAAAGAAAUUCAAAAAUCUGCAUCGGAAGUGCAGUACAGUCUUUAUCUUAUCUUUGCUCACAAAGUUGCAAAAGAAUCCGAUAAAAAUGAAGAUGGAUUUCGACCUCUAAAAGAUGUGAAAAAAUUUGCACGUAAACAUCAUGUGCCUUGUCAACUGGCUGCUGAGAAAAUAUUGUUUGUGAAUGAAGUUGUUGUUAUCCAUAAAGAAACUGUCGUUGACACCAUUCAGAAUCUGGUAAAACUGGGGGUGCGGAAAUUUGUUAGAGGAGAUACUGACGAGGACGAAGAUGAGCAGACGUAUUUUCUUCGCAUGUCUCAGUAUUUGAGUGGAAGAGUGCCAUUGCCAGUCUUUAUAUCUUUACGGAAUGGAGUCCUGCACUCUGACUACGCCAUCGCUGCUGCCUCCAAGCACAAAAUCCCUGUCAUCUGUUUCAAGAAUACUACAAAGGAUGUUUAUGUGUUGACAAUGAGGGAAGACGAAAACGAAGACAUGUUUGUUGAGGGAAUGGAACACAAACUCGAUCGGAAAAGUCCAUGGAAAGUCAGUACGUCGUGUAAAAAGGAUUACUAUAUUGGAUGUUACAAGAGCGAUGAAGUCGACGAUGAAAUAUCAAAACUCUCCGAUUUAGGAUCAGAUAUUGAAAAUUUGGAUGCUUUAGCAUGUAGCCUGUUGAUUGGAGUAUUCAUGAACAGUAACGCUGAGUCAGAAAAAGAUAUUUUUGGCUGCAACACACGAGUAUACCCAAAUGCACUGUCCAUGUAUUUGAUGAAAACUGGGAAGUGGAGAAUUCCAAAGAACGCCAUUACAGCAUCCUUCAACCACCGAUCAAUCGAGUACAUUUUUGAGGAAAAUAUGGUUAAACACUUUAAAGAGGGUCUAUGGAGAGAAUUGGAAUCUAAGACAAAGUCAGCAUACACUGUUCCAAAAUGGAAAGAAAGAAAAUCAUGUGACGGAGAUAAUGAAGAUUCAAGCAACGAAGAUACAGACGAAGUUGAUGGAAGAAGAGAUGGAUAUUUGAAUGUUAAGAUAUCUGAACUUUUUGGUUUGAUCUUCUUAGCCCUUUUGAGAAAGAAAUAUUAUGAUGGCGCCAAGCAACUUAUAGAGACAGGCUGUGUUCGUAUUCCCCAUCUUUUGGUUGGGUGUGUAAUUCUUCAAGACACAGCAGAUAAUUGGCAAACCAGUCAACUUGAAAAGGACAAACUGUUAAGAAUGAAAACUUUGUGCACCCAGCAGGCCUUGCGAAUUACAAGUUGUAUUCAUGAGGCGGAUACCAAACAUGACAAGAAAAAGGCUAGAAAUGAUGAGAGGGAUGCAGAAGUGCCUGGACAUCAAAUUAACCACGCUGGAAGACUUUUACUAAAUCAUGGAUACUUGUCAGAUGCAAUAAAGACACAAAAUAGCGUGUACUUAAAUGAUGAGAUAGUCAAGAAUGUCAUUAACAAGAUGUGGUACAAUAGCGAAAGUAUCUCUUUUCGAAGAGGUUUACUUUUUCUGUUCCUCACCCUGUUUCAUUUUGUGUUGUUGCCAGUGUUGAUGAUCACGAUGGAAAACAGGCCUUUGCAGUGGUUAUACAGACAAUACAAAAUCCCUGCUAUGAAGGUUCUACUUAAUGCUUUUGGCUGGUUGACUGUUUUAACAGCAUUUACCUACAUGUUACUAUUUGGUUUUACCGACGGAAUCACAACAUGUGAUUGGUUUUUGAUUGGAUGGAUGGCAAGUUUUUUCCUUGACGAAUCAAAACAGAUUGCUAUCUCAUUACGACGAAAAAGAUUUAAGGAAUAUGUGAAUGACUGGUGGAAUCGAUUGGACUGGAUGUCAAUGGGAGCAUAUCUUGGCGGAAUGCUGCUUAAACUUGGCGAAGGGGAAGUAUUUCGUACCGCAUCAAAGACAUUUUUUGUUUUGACAUUUAUCCUGAUGUGUAUCAGAUCUCUUAACAUGCUGAUGAUAUCGGAAAUAAUUGGAGCCAAGCUUGUGAUGAUUAAGAAAAUGGUAUACCACAAAUACGAGGGGUGAUCAAAAGUUCGCGAACUAUCUCUAUAUCUACAAAACCACAAUUCAGAUUAGAAUGAAAUUCGGUACACACGUAGCCAAACACAAGGUCUAUAAAUAGCAUAUACUGAAUAAAGUUUUUCUCCUUGUUUGUGACGUCAUAAUGUGAAUAUGACGUCACUAUGUAGGUCACUUGUAACGAAAAAUGGUUGUCUCAGUCGAACUCGUUCAACAAAUCACUGUACAAUUUAUUGUAUAUCUUAGAAAUCCCUCUGCAGUAUCACAUAAUAAUUUGUACAUAGUUUAUUAAGAUAAACGAGUUCCUAUAAAUUCAAUUAAUGAUUGGAUUAAUCGUUUUAGUGAAGGAAGACAGAUGGUUAAAAAUGAUACUUGUCAUCUUGCCCAGU